AUGAAGAAAUCGAUUUUACUAACCAAUUUAAUCUCUGCUUUGCUUGUUCUUGUUGCUGCUCAAGUCCAUGGGUUUGAGCCCUUCGAUUUUGAAUCUGAAUUCCCACGGGAUUUUGAAGCUUCCAAAUUUACUUCUGAACCCCAAUAUUUUCCCGAAACAAAUUUUGAUGAACCUUCUUUGCUUUCACAAUCUGAGUUUCCUUGGGAUUUUCAAGAAACCCAAUUUUCUGGAUCCGAACGUCCUUACGAUUCAUCAGAAAUCCUAAAUUUUCCCGAGAAAACUUCUCCGUUUUCCGAUAAUGAAUUUCCCAAAGAAUUUGAAUACCCCGAAGAGUCUUUCGAAUAUGGAACAGAUGCACGCCGUAAAAUCAAAUCACCUCCCCCAUCUCCUUCUCCACCGCCAUCAGAAACACUACCUCCGUCGCCGUCGCCGUCAGUUCCAGAAGACACAUGUGUUCACAAGUGCGGGCAGAAAUGCCUCAAGGAAUUCUUUCCCCCCCUUCGCAAAAUAUGCCUCAAAUUCUGCAAGAAGAAAUGUUUGCUCAGUCACUCAGUUCUGAUCUACAAAUGCACCAGUCGUUGUGCAGAAACCAUGCCCAGAAUCUUCAGAUCCGACUUGAAGAAAGCAGGUGGAUAUGUCGAAUACUGCUACAAGAACUGCAUUGCGAAAUUCUAAUAUCUUUAUAAAUACUAAUAUAUUCUGG